UGUCCUUUGGCGCUACUGCUCCAGGUAGUAGAGGAGCAACUCCAGAGGGAGAAACAAGUAGUGGAGAACAUAGCCACCCGGCCCCGGAUGUAUCACUCGUAUCAGGAGGAGAAGCAGAGGAGGAGAAUGCGAAUGCCAUUAGGACAACAGAUAGUGUUGGUUUCAAAACGGCCGCGUUUGGAAGUCGUGAAGACGAGGGUCGCAAUGCAGGCGCUCAAUCCUCGGUACUAACAUCUUCAAGUUCAUCUUCAUCUGCUUUUGCGGAGCUGAUUUACACUGAUGAAAGAGGCUGGGAGGAUUUGUCGCGUGGCUCACUAAGGCGAGUAGGCGGACAGCCAAUGUUGCGCGACGUAGCGAGACUUGUCAAACGAAG